UUCACAGAGUGGGUGGGAACCGUCAGGGUUAGGGGAAUUUCAAAUUCACUGCAACGUGCGUUUACUGGUUUACUAUUCACGCUCGUUCUGUGUUUUUAUCUUUCAUAAAUGGCUUCUAAAAAGAAACAGUUGACGUUAAAAGAAAGAUAUAAAGCUUUAUGGAAAGCUGAAGGAGAAUAUUUUCGAUUUUGGUCAUUCUUAGAACGAUUUAAAGCUGGCAAAAGUGAAGGUCCUAAUGGCUUUGAAGAGCUUAGAAAAUCAAUCAAAGAAGGACAAGAUUUUACUAAAGACAUGGCAGCAAUUCUUCAUGAAAGAUCUGAACUAGAAAUAACAUAUGCUAAACAUUUGUCGAAAUUAGCUGCUAAGAUAAACAAGGCAACUAGAUUAGUACUGGGGACAACUCAACAUGCCUGGCAGGAAGUCGCUCUUCAAAUGGAAAAUGAAGCCGACACUCACAGGUCAUUUUCUAGCAAUUUAGAGGAUGAUGUUGUCAAACCAAUUAAAUUAUUAAUAGAAUGCCAACAUAAGCAAAGGAAAUUUGUGGAGGGGACAGUAGACAAAGCAUCGAAGACACUCAAUGACAGGAGGAAUGAAGAGUUGAAAGCCAAAAAAAUCAGCUACUCAUGUGCCAGAGAAAAUGAGCGAAUGCAAGACCAGGUCGUUGACUGCAAACUCAAUAAGGGAAAACUCCUGACAGAAAAGGAUAUCCAUAAAUUGGAAGCGAAGAAAAGGAAAGCAGAAGAACUUUUGACUAGGGCUGAUAUUGACUAUUAUAAUUCCUGUAUCAAGGGAGAGAGAGCCAGGCAAGAUUGGGAAACGUCUGUAUACAGGGCCACCGCGGCCUUCCAACAGCUGGAAGAAGAACGGCUAAACAGCAUAAAUGAUUUUGCUCAAAAAUAUUCUAAUCACUACAGCCACAUGGGACCUGCUCUAAUCCAAUGUUCUGAUAGGCUGAAAACUACUCUUAACACAGUAGAUGUUGGAGCGGAUUUACAGAAGCUAAUAGAAACUAAAGGAACUGGUCCAAAUAUACCCGAACAAUUCCUACCUNAACUUUAUGCUGAAAAUCUAAACAAUGAAAUGAAGAAGGAGAGAAGAAAAGAAAUCCUCCAGAGGUUUCUAAACCUCCUCAAACAUGAUCUGGAGUUAGAAAGAAAAGGCAAACAGGGAGUCGAGAAUUUAGCUAAAGUUUUUCAAGAGACGCCGACUUUUGGAGAUGCAGAUGCUCAGCAAGACGUGUUUGAGAAGCUUCAAAAUAUGCGUGCUAUGCUAACUUAUUUGGAAGCAACUCGAUAUAAAAUGCAAAGUGUGUUAGCUGAUUUAGAUGGUAGAAAUAAGCCAACUCAUCCUUUGUAUACUCACAUGGAAAUAAAGAAUAAACAAGGUAUGCAGCAAACAGUUCUAAAGAUUCCUCACUGGGUGAGGAUGGAAAGGAGGAAUUCUGGCAGCAGUGGAUCAGGCUCUAGCGAAUCACCUGAUAUCGAUAUUUCUCAAGUACGAGAUUCAAAUGACCUGUAUGCAAAUAUGCCAUCUCAUACUAAUGGUAUAUCAUCAAUGACACAGUGCAGAGCAUUGUAUGACUAUGAAGCUAAGCUAAGUGACGAAUUGACUCUUCAUCCAGGAGACAUAAUUAUUUUGGUACAAAAAACGGAGGACGGUUGGUGGCAAGGUGAACUGAAUGGUACCAUGGGAGUUUUCCCCUCAACUUAUGUGGAAGAACUGUAACUGCUCAACACAGCUUCCAAAAAGUUCCUCUUGUCACAUUGACAACACAGCAGUCAAAUUUCAUUGCUAAAGAGCUUAAAUUUGGAUGAAUGAUGCACUAUAGGACUUAAAUUAUGAACAAAAAUUCGUUUUUAAAUCUAAGAAAUGGAUUUUCUUAUUUUAAGGAAGUGUAUUUAAAGAACUGUGCACCUGAAAUGUACAUAUGAUGUGUAUGGAUAAAUAAGGCAUUUGUAAAUAAAAUUGAAUUAAUAUUUGGUUCUUUAAAUGUAUGAAUAAAGUACUUUUGUAUAUAUGAUAUAUCUUAGAUUUUAAAUCAGUGGUACUCACUAGAUUUUCUGUAAGGCGUGGUAGAGAAAAGUCAUUGAAAAUCAAAAUUUGGUAGAAAAUCAAGCUUAAAAUCCAAAUUAGGUGGGAAAAAAUAAUAAAUUCUUGUAGGCUGCAUUGUGUAGCGUAUGAUGUACUAUUUAACAAAUAUUAGAAUGUAAAAUUAAUUCAAAAGUAAAAUUUCAAAACAUAUUUAUAAUAACAUUGUUUCUAUUUAUAUUUUUCUGAUGUGUUUCAUAAAUCGCGCUGUAUUUUAUUGUCUCCGUUGGUAAUACUAAAACAUUUUAGCAAAGAAAACAUUCUUUUUAUGACAGAAUUGAAUCUGUCAUUGAAAGGAACUGAUAAAGAAAGUGACACAUUUGCUAUAUUAUCGUAUUUGGGACUUAAUGUGAGCAAGAGAAACGAACCGCUCAGAAUAACUUUUGAUCGGAUCUUCACUUUCUGGAACUUAUUCUUAAUGGUUCCAGGAUGUGAGAAUGGUUUGAGUUAUUUUUCAGUGAAAUUUCAGAAAAUUUAUCAGGUUCAUUUAUUUGUCAGGGAAAUUGCAGAAAAUUGAUAAGGUUCAUUUAUUUGCCUCAGGGAAAUUUCAGAAAAUUGAUAAGGUUCAUUUAUUUGUGUCAGGGAAAUUUCAGAAAAUUGAUAAGGUUCAUUUAAUUGUCAGAAAAAUUGCAGAAAAUUGAUAAGGCUCAUUUAUUUGUCAGGGAAAUUUCAGAAAAUUGAUAAGGUUCAUUUAUUUGUCAGGGAAAUUUCAGAAAAUUGAUAAGGUUCAUUUAUUUGUCAUGGAAAUUUCAGAGAGUUGAUAAGGUUCAUUUAUUUGUCAUGGAAAUUUCAGAAAAUUGAUAAGGUUCAUUUAUUUGUCAGGGAAAUUUCAGAAAAUUGAUAAGGUUCAUUUAUUGGUCAGGGAAAUUUUGGAAAAUUGAUAAGGUUCAUUUAUUUGUCAGGGAAAUUGCAGAAAAUUGAUACAGUUCAUUUAUUUGUCAGGGAAAUUUCAGAAAGGUAAAAGGAAGUGAUUGUUUUGUACAAUUUUAUAAUUAAUAUUUUAAAAAAAAAAUUCUUUACAAAAUAAAUUGUAAAUAUACAAUUUAUGAUUGUUCACAAUUGAAAAAGCCUGACUCGAGAUUCUGGAGAAGCUUACAGAAUAUAUAGUGGGUACCACUGAUUCAUUUGUUAUGCUGAGUAGUUGUCAAUAUACUGUUAAUUUAGAAUCAACCUUACAUUCAUCUCAUCCUUCUUUUAAAAACGUUUUUACAUACUAUGUUCAAAUUUAUAUAGUUUUGUUUUAGUUUUCAUAACUUUUUAGAGCAUUUAUACAUUGUGUUCUACCUUUUUGCUGUGAAUAUAGUUCUUUAAAUUUUUUUUUUCUUUAAUGAUUUUGAUUCACAGUAUGACACUUCUUGAUGGGCAUAACAUCUUGUUUUAUUUAGGUGAUUUUGAAAAAUUAAUUGAUUUUUUUUACAUAAAUUAAGUAAAGUAUAAUUUAAAAAAUAUUCGUAUUUAAUUUCCCAGUUUCAAAAUGCUUGCAUAAAAAAAGUUUAAUAUCUUUUACCAUCCUUAUAGACUGUUAUACGUUUCAUGAAUAAUAGCUAUACAAAUUGUGUAGCAUUGCAUUCUACACAUUGUAUUUUAUAUAUUUCUCUUAGUUUAGUUAGUUUUAGGGACAUCAUUAAAAUGUUUUAUACAAUUGUUUCAUUAUUGGUAGUAAAAUAACCACAAAUAAGUGUACACAAAAAAGUUGAUUUUUGAACUGCUUUGACGUUUGAUUUUAUUAUAAUAAAUCACAUAAUAUGCAUCAAAAAUAUAUUUUAAAGAGGAUAACUUUAUUAUUAUUACAACUAUUCACCCUCUUAAGUAUCAUAGUUGUUGAGUCAGAUAUUGUAGCAUUUUUUUAAAUAAAGGAUAAGUAUUUUUUCACGAAACCUUUGUGACAUAGAGCUGCCUUAAAAGUACUAACAAGUAUUUUUACAUGGAGAAGGAUUAUUACUAUCCAUGCAAUAAAAUUUCUUAUUCAAAAAUGUUUUUAAUUUCAUCCAGACCAAAAUUUUUAGUUUUCAUUGAAAUUUUUUAUAACAUCGCAUGUUGCAUUUGCACUUUUUUUUCUUCAGAUAAUGGCAGUGCAUCAGUGCAUUUUAUAGCAUUUGAAUGUUUAUGCUAUUAAGUUAGAAACCAACUAAGAUGAUUCAGUCCAAAACCCAAAAAGAAAUGCCUUCAUAAAACAAAAGUUCAUUUUGACUGUAAAAAUCAAACCAAUAUUCUAAUUAGGCAUUUUUGAAUCACUGAAUUUAAAUCAGUAAUUUCAUUGAAGACUAUCAACAUGGCGAGAAAUUAACUGUUAUAUUGGGAUUCAAGUUAAAUAAUCUUGGAUAUUAAUCUGUCAUUUUUCUUCUUGAUGAUUAAUGUUUGAAUAUUGACUAACGUAUAUCUACUUUGUGAUUACAAAUUAAUGAAAUAAAUCUCUCCAAACAUCUGAUCAUAAAGUAUAAAAAAAUAAAAUACUUUUAAAAUAUUUUUAGUACGUGUAUUUUAAAAUAAAUAUCCUCGAUUAUUUUUUAAAACAUACAUUUUAAGAUAACUACUUUUGAAGAAAUUUUAAGAUAUACAUUUUGAUAGAUAAAUAUUGUUAUAAAUGUGCUCCUUAGUACGUGUAAUGUAUACAUUUUUGUCAUUCUGACCACAUGUUGUAUAUUUUCUGAUGAAUAUAAUAAUGAAAAAUGUAUUUUCAUGUUUGUAAAUUCUUCCUGUAUGUUUUUAAUUCUGGAUUAAAAAUGUAAAAGUGAUGUAAAAUGUAUUUUGCCAUAGGGAUGUGGAAGUUGUUCCUAUUGUAUAUAGGUAAAUGAAAAGUUAGGCUAUUUGAUUGUAAAUUUCAUGUACAAAAUGUCAUAAUAAAGAAGAAAAAAUUUCAUAA